UCUUCCCAUCCCUGUCAGGUCGCCUUCAGUUAGUCUAGCAGGCUAAGUAGGGAGAGAGGAGAGGAGGGCAGUUCCCUUUCGCUUCUGCUCAGUCUGCCUCUCAGCACGCCGUUAACACACAUUCCACACUAUGGCUGCCACGGACGUGGACGUAUUUUCGAAUGAGGAGAAGCGUAACCUAAGCCUGGGCGGCCAUGUUGGAUUUGACAGCCUCCCUGACCAGCUGGUCAGUAAAUCGGUCACGCAGGGUUUUUGCUUCAACAUCCUGUGUGUUGGAGAAACUGGCAUUGGCAAAUCAACACUGAUGAAGACUCUCUUUAACACCAUGUUUGAAAACGAAGAGGCGAGCCACUACCAAAACGGCGUGUAUCUGCGACCGCGAACCUACGACCUGCAGGAGAGCAACGUCCACCUCAAGCUAACGAUCGUCGACACCGUCGGUUUUGGUGACCAGAUAAACAAGGAGGACAGUUACAAGCCAAUUGUGGACUACAUUGACACCCAGUUCGAAAACUAUCUCCAGGAAGAGCUGAAGAUCAAACGCUCUUUGUUUAACUACCACGACACCAGGAUCCACAUCUGCCUUUAUUUCAUCGCCCCAACGGGACACUCCCUUAAGUCCCUGGACCUCGUCACAAUGAAGAAACUGGACAGCAAGGUCAACAUAAUUCCCAUUAUUGCCAAAGCGGACACAAUCUCCAAGAGCGAGCUUCACAAAUUCAAAAUCAAGAUAAUGAGUGAGCUGGUGAGCAAUGGCGUCCAGAUCUAUCAGUUCCCGACAGACGACGAAGCUGUCAGUGAGAUCAACUCCUCGAUGAACGCCCAUCUUCCAUUUGCUGUGGUUGGAAGCGUGGAAGAGGUCAAAGUGGGGAACAAAACAGUGAGGGCCAGACAGUACCCCUGGGGAGUGGUGCAAGUUGAAAACGAGAGCCACUGUGACUUUGUAAAGCUGCGAGAGAUGCUGAUCCGAGUCAACAUGGAGGAUCUGAGGGAGCAAACACACGCUCGCCACUAUGAGCUGUACCGGCGCUGCAAGCUGGAGGAGAUGGGCUUUAAAGAUACAGACCCAGACAGCCAGCCUUUCAGUCUUCAAGAAACGUAUGAGGCCAAAAGGAAAGAGUUUCUAGGAGACCUGCAGCGAAAAGAGGAAGAAAUGCGGCAAAUGUUCGUAAACAAAGUGAAAGAAACUGAAGCAGAACUCAAAGAAAGGGAACGAGAGCUUCAUGAAAAGUUUGAGCAGCUGAAACGGAUGCACCAGGAUGAAAAGAGGAAGGUAGAGGAGAAGCGGAAAGAGCUUGAGGAUGAGAUGAACGCCUUCAACAGGAAGAAGUUGGCGGUUGAGACCCUCUCUCUAAGUCAGCCCCUCAAGAAAGACAAGGACAAGAAGAAUAGGUCGGUGAAGACCGAGAACCAGUCGGGAGUGAGCGCCUCCAGCUCCAAAGUGAUGAUGGCCAAGGCCAACGUGGAGCCCUUGAACUGCCAAAGCUGGUGGCAGGCCAUACAGUGCUGCACCUGCCUGGUCCACAAUGCUGCCUGGAAGCCAGAGGGGGGCGUCUUCUGAUGCCUGACGGGGAUUACGCCGGCACGGUCGGUGCAAGAGACCAGACCAAAGGAUGGAGCGAGGUGGGGAUGGCUGGAGACCAGAAGAGCGUGGAACUGGAAGCAGCAGAGAGAAAUACGGCCAAAAUGUUAGCAUAAUGGCAUUUUCUGUUCAUCCUUCACAAAGUCGUCAUGUUUAUCAUUUUCAAAUUCUCCUAAUAUGGUCAGCCUAAACUUUAAUCUCUUCUGACGGUUUACAGUCCGGAAUUUUACUGUCAAGUGUUUGUUGAAGUUGCAUCCUGAAACUUUUAUCCACUAUAACUCUGCCACUAUGUCUCUUGGCCAUCCUGUAUGUUUUGUGUUGUCUGUGCAGUGCUCUUCUGUGUUCUCAAUUGUGUGCAGACAGUUUAAAACCCAACCUUAGCGGGAUCUAGGUGUAAAAAAGAAAAAAAACAAUCUGUUUGCACAGCGACUAACGAACAGCUUCAGCACCACUGCUUUGAAACAAGUGGAACUGGAAACCCUUUGGUUUACAAAGGGGAAAUUGUUGGAUCUUCUUAGCUUUCUUGUGUUUCCUUCAUUAAUGCAUUUAUAUUUUCCAUUAGUUUGUCUCUAGCAGAAAAAAGCCAUGUGUUUAAAAGAAAUAAGAGUUGCACUGGGAGGUAAAUUCAGCGCUGUGGCGCCCAAUCAGAAUGCGACUAAAACCGACCAACAUUCCUCCAUUUUUACUAAUUAAACACAUUCAUAGAUAAUCCACAAACAGUGGCCGUCCUAGUCCGCCAUAGCUGAAUGGACCUCUUUGUUUUUAGUUGGACACACACCAACUCUAAUAGCAAACGUAUGGAUCUGUGUAAAUAUCCUACCAACAUGGAGAGUCUGUGACAAAUCGCUGUUUUUAUGUAGAAUAUGGAGAAUAAUUAUUCAGUGUGUAAAAGGGAAUUCCUUCAGGGCAGAUGUUUACAGUAUAGAUGUGAGAUAUUUAAAGUAACCUAUUAAAUAUAUUUAUUUAGAGUAAAACAGAGGGGGGAAAAAAGUCUUUAUUUUAUUAUAGUUUUGUUACAUUAGCUCUUUACUUUAAAAGUCCUGGAUUUUGUAUUAUCAACAAAAACUCAUAUUUCAAUCUGUAAAAAAAACAGAGAGGGACAUCAGGGGGAUGAUUCUGCUUUGUGUGUGAAAGUUUACAUGGUUUCUUUAAAUGAAAUGUUUGCAGAUAAAUCCAGGCCUGGUACUGAGGGAAUGUAGAUUGUCCUUGAGGUGGAGAACAGGACUGAUAAACUAACUGGGACUGAAACGCGUCUAAAAAUGUGGCGACUUUUACUAAAUCGGCUGCAUUCAUGAAACAAUUAGCAUUUGUCUCUAUUUUCCUUUUGGUGACUUAUACUGCCUUGAAAAAGUAUUCAUACCCCUAGAAGUUUUUUUUUUUCAUUUAACCACAUAAUUAUAAUAAUUUGGAAAGUGAUAAAACAAGUUUUAACUGUUUUAAAAUAAGAAUCUCCAACUUUUCUUAUGCCUCUGAAGCAACAAGUAAAGUAUUUUAUGUCCCAACCUGCUUUUCAUACCUGCAACUUCUGCCCAUUUUCUCUUUAAAAACCAGAGACCAGUAAGUUUUCAGUGCAACUGCAGGUUCUCUAUUAGAUUUAGGUCUAGACUUUACCUAGGCUGUUCUACCACACAAACAUACUUUAUUUUAAAUCAAACAGUUUUAAUUCUGGCUUUUUUUUUGGUAUCAUUCUUCUAAAGGAUGAACCUUCCGACUGUUACAGAAAUACUGAAAUGUCCACCAUUUACUGUUUCUCUGCAGCAUGAUAUUAAUAUUUUAAUAUUUUCACCAACUAAACAAAGGCUUUCAAAGAAUUACUGGACUGAAGAGAAGAUUUAAUUAAAUCCAGAUCGACUUCAUUAGGUAACCUUUCAAGACAAUCUGUUGCACUGGAUAUUUGAGCUACUUUGCAUCGAGCAACAUCAACUAAUAAAGUUUUUGAAUUGUCCAUGACAAAAUACAUUUCCAACAGGUAGAAAGCUUUUGCAAGGCUUCGCUUUUAGCUUAAGCACAUAACAACAAGCUGUGCUCAAUGUUGUUUUCUAAGAAAUGAUUCAGUUUAACCCAACAGCCAUAUGGAUAGAGCCGCAGGGCCUUCGAGUGUUUGACUUUCUGCAAUUCAAUAAAUGGGUACUGCUUUGAGAAAUGAUUUUUCACAUACAGCUUAAAACGUAGGCAUGUUAAAACCAUCAAAGACAAGAAAAGCAGACUACAUUUUAAACAGCAUGAUUUAGGCUGAUUGAGGUGUGAAAACUGAAGCUUUUUUAUUUUCCAUCUGGAGGUGACAGGGUUUGUUUUUUCCACAAAAAGGGUGCAGAUAAGAAGUGCCUUGGCCUAAUGCGCAGCUCACAUAUUUGCUGGUCUUGAAAUUUGGAACAAUUUACUCUGAUGCCUCUUUUUACUAUUGAAAGAAAGAGGAUUUCAGUUGUUAAAGAUUUAAGGUUUCAAAAGCAUUCAAAUAUAUUCCUUUUUUUUU